GAAGCCAAACCAUCUGUACGGGAAAAAAGGAGGAUAUUUUUUUGUUUCUGUUGGGAAGAAAUUGAGACAAGAGGAGAAAGCAGACGCGCUCCUCUGCGCAUCAGCCGCAGCAUCUCUCCAUCCCUCCUCCUGCGCCUUUUUUUUUUUUUUUCAAAACAAGACUUCCACCCAGAACAUCACCCCCCUGAGGUGUCCCUCCUUUCGUUUUUUAUUCUCUUUCACUGGAGUUUGAACCUCGUUUCUGAGAUUUUUGGAAGUGUAUUAUCGCCUCAGCGCGCACAGCGGGCUGGACUCUCCUCGUCUUCCCGGCGCACAGGCGGAUCAUCGAGGGGAGCGCGCACGCGGAGUCUGGAAAUUAUUUAUCCCUCUCACAUCAGCAAACCGCAUGGUGGGAAUUUCUGCCUCCUUUCAGUAUCGCACUGGGAAGCGCUCCACCAUGCCCGACUCACCUGCGGACGUCAAGACACAGUCCAGGUUGACCCCUCCUACCAUGCCACCCCCACCCAGUAUGCAGGGAGCACCCCGAAACAGCUCCUACACACCCACCACCUUGACCAACGGCAGCAGCCACUCCCCGACGGCGCUCAACGGCGCUCCGUCCCCUCCAAACGGCUACAGCAACGGCCCCAGCUCGUCGUCCUCAUCCUCCCUGGCCAACCAGCAGCUGCCGCCGGCCUGCGGCGCCCGGCAGCUCAGCAAGCUCAAGCGCUUCCUCACCACCCUGCAGCAGUUCGGAAACGACAUCUCACCGGAAAUCGGCGAGCGGGUCCGCACGUUGGUGCUGGGGCUGGUGAAUUCCACGCUCACCAUCGAGGAAUUUCACUCCAAGCUCCAAGAAGCCACCAACUUCCCCCUGCGACCUUUUGUCAUACCCUUUCUGAAGGCUAACCUGCCGCUGCUUCAGAGGGAGCUACUGCACUGUGCCAGACUGGCCAAGCAGAACCCAGCCCAGUACCUGGCCCAGCAUGAGCAGCUUCUCCUGGACACCAGCACCACGUCCCCAGUGGACUCCUCUGAACUCCUGCUGGAUGUUAAUGAGAACGGCAAGAGACGGACACCAGACAGAACCAAAGAGAACGGCUUUGAGCGAGACGGCGCCCUGCACCCUGAUGUCCACCCCAGCAAACGGCCGUGCACCAUCAGCCCCGCCCAGCGUUUCAGCCCCUCCAAUGGGAUCUCCUACCAACCCAACGGUUUGCCCCACCCGGGGCCGCUGCCUCCACAGCACUACAGGCUAGACGACAUGGCCAUCGCCCACCACUACCGGGACACGUACCGACACCCCGCCUCGAAUCACAGAGAGAUCCGGGAGAGAGCCAGGCCCAUCGGAAUGCAUGCGGGAAGCAGACAGGAGGAAGUGAUUGACCACAGGCUGACAGACAGAGAGUGGGCAGAGGAGUGGAAGCACCUUGACCAUGUAAGAAAAGACGAACAUGAAAUUGUACGGAACGGGAAACCUGUUUUGACUGAUCAAAUUCGCUUAAAGACCCCUUCAUUGCUGAACUGCAUCAUGGACAUGGUGGAGAAGACGAGGCGCUCGCUGACGGUGCUGCGGCGGUGCCAGGAGGCCGACCGCGAGGAGCUCAACUACUGGAUCCGACGGUACAGCGACGCCGAGGAGCUGAAGAAGGGAGCCGCCAGUGGGCAGUCCAGGCAGCAGAGUCCCGCAGCGCAGGAAAACACAACACCAGAAAUUCACAGGGAGCUGCUGCAUCGACCGGUGUCUGGCUAUGUCCCUGAAGAAAUCUGGAAGAAAGCUGAAGAGGCAGUGAAUGAAGUCAAGCGGCAGGCCAUGUCGGAACUGCAGAAAGCCGUGUCGGAGGCUGAGCGCAAAGCUCACGAGAUUAUCAGCACCGAACGGGCCAAGAUGGAGCGCACAGUUGCCGAAGCCAAGCGUCAGGCGGCCGAGGAUGCGCUCUCUAUAAUCAACCAGCAGGAGGAUUCCAGUGAGAGCUGUUGGAACUGUGGUCGUAAGGCCAGCGAGACGUGCAGCGGCUGCAACACGGCUCGCUACUGCGGCUCGUUUUGCCAGCAUAAGGACUGGGAGAAGCACCACCACGUCUGCGGUCAGACCCUGCAGGCCCAGCAGCAGCAGCAGCAGCAGCAGCAGUCCAGCCAGCAGCAGCAGCAGCAGCAGCAGCAGCAGUGUGUUCCGGGGUCAGACACCCCCGCCCCCAUCAGCUCCUCCGCCUGCACCCCAAGCAGUGGUACCGGGAGUCCAGCUGCGACCCCCCCUGCUGCAACCCCCCGCUCAUCAACCCCCAGCACCCCGUCCUCCUCCGCCCUCGAGGGCACACCACGCUAAGAGACUUGGUUUGCAGCGGCCGGCCCUCAAGUCCACAAACAGCCUGACUGUGAUCGACGAUUCCAAAACAACAUGGCGAACAGAGAGAGAAGGAGAUGCUUCUGUCUGUCUCGGAGAGGAGUCAAGGAAGGAAGAAGGUGAUAUCCAUAAUCAGGUCAUAUUGACUUACCGUGACUUUAAGGAAACACAAAGAUAUUCUUUGUUUUGAAUGAAUGAAUUGAAAUAUCAACACUCCUUUAUUGAUACACUUUGGCUAUUCUUGCUGUCUGUUUGUCGUUGUACCUGUUGUUGUUAAUGUCGUCAUCUUUGCUUCUCUUAUUUGCUAAUGUAAAUAUGAAGAACUUGAUCAGAGAUAACCUGGAAGUCAAGACCCGCCCAUUUUCAAAAUGCUUCAUCCCCAAAAUUUGAUGGCUGCUGCACCUGGAGACCAUGACAAGUCAGCUGAACAUCAGCAGAACAUCUGAAGUCACUGUAACGCUGCGUUCACACCGGACAUGUGUUCAAGAACGUGUUUGUGAGCGCCCUUUUAGACUACGGUCACAUAACCCCAAAAGGCCAACGCACUGAAACCUGAAUGCAAGAUUUGCAAAUGUGGCAGCAUUAGUAAUUGGGAGGUAGGAGUUGCAUUUUUACACAUGAGAGAAGAAGUUAAAGUCUUACAGCGACCAGACGAUUUUCUCUCAAAGCUAACACUGGGCCCAUUUUGGAGACGCGCAGUGACACCAUUUCUGAAUUGGGCGACAGCUGGGCAGCCACAGGUCGGUGACAGCCAGAAUAGCUGACCGGCAGCAGCUCUGAUUGGACGAUGUGUAAAUGUCUCCGGAUGGCGACUAUCCAUAUCAAGUGCCACCGGCCGCUAGCUGCCAGGUAACCUUGGAGUAUGUAAGAAUCAGGCCAUUCUACAUGCCAUCUACAUUCAUAACAACAGCAACAAUUAAAAAAAAAAAAAAAAAAAAGGUGGUGGUUUGAAAUCUUUAAGAUUCUGCCGAUGCCUCCCAAUUGCGUGGUGGCGGUUGUAUUCAAGAAGACCUGGCCGCAGACAACAACAUGGCCCCAAGAUGGGACCAGACCUCAUUAGCCAGAAGUCCUUGACCAAAGUUCACAUUAUGGUUAGGGUUAGGGAUAGGUUUACAGCUAGGGUUACGGUUAGAGUUAGGGUUAGGGUUGGGGUUACAGUUUUGGGUACAGUUAUGGUUAUGGACAGGGUUAUGGCUAAGGUUAAAGUUUCAGUUAAGGUUAGAGUUACGGUUAGGGAUACGGUUAUGGUUAGAGUUACUGUUAUGGUUAGAGUUACAGUUAGGGUUACGGUUAGGGUUAGGGUUACAGUUAUGGUGAGAGAUACAGUUAGGGUUACGGUUAGGGAUACUGUUACGAUCAGAGUUACAGUUAGGAAUCUUCUAGCAUAGAUACCCAAAUUCAUCUUCCAGCUACAUUUCCGCUUCUGGGUUUGAUGAGUUUAAAGAUGUUGUCUGCCACCAGGUCCCCCUCAUUGUAUUCGUGUCCGUAGCAUCAGUAUAUAGUGUCACAUAAUUCUGGCCACAAUUAUUGAGUUCUCAUCGAUGAUACAUUUUCAACCAGUUGGCACUUCCACGAAUUAAAAAGGACGCCACCCAUACAUCAUCACCAAAUUGGAGACCCUGAUUGGUUUAACUUUCAACGGUUGUUCAGUGGCUGUAUUUCGUACAUAGAGCCUGAAAACGACUUUACAAACUUACAUAGCCCAAAACACACAUAUACGUGCGUUUACGUUGAUUUUUUAUUGGAAAUGGUCGCUUGAAACAUUCGUUGACGAGGCCGGUGUGAACGUAGCGUCAAUAAAGAGAUUAAAAGUACUUAACAGAAAUGAUAAAAAUAUGUUUCUGCCUGUGGAGAGCAGAGCUGCAACUCCGGCCCACAGACCGCCGUGAAACGAGCAGAUGUGCAGCAGAUUGCAGGCAGAGCCAGCUGUUCAAGCAAUGUUAUUUCCUUCUCACUUGUAAUAAUAUCCAGGUCAGUGGGCUGGGAAAUACGAAUCCACCCCCACCCUAACAAAAGCAUCUAAAAGGAAAAAAUAUAUAUAUUCAAGAUGCAAAACUUUUGCCAGCAGCAUUUGUGGAAGAAGUUCCAAAUUUGUUUCCAUCAAACAAACAGGAAAGUGAGGGUUGCUCGCUGUUUACGGCGAUUACCCAUCAGCCACUGGAGCUGGUGCCCAAUAAAGUGGAGGUUCUCUGAUGCCCUCCUGUCUCAUCUUUGAAAAUACCCAUUACUCUUCUUUUUAUUCCUUCCUGUAUUUGUCGGAGUGUUUAACACUUCUGUCCCGUGGUGUCACCGAUGGUAAUUUAUUGUAUAUGCAUAGUAAUUCAGUCACAACGCCAGUCCUUCAUAACUCUUUUUCUCUAGCUAGUGCAAAAAGAGAUGAAAAAAAAGAAGUAUUUUGUUUUUCCAUGCUGCUUUUCUACUCUGUGAAAGUGAUAGAUUUCCUGUAGUUUGAAAUUUUCAUUUCUCCCCAUCCUCAAGAAAAAGACACAAGCUAAAUCUCAGAGCUGCUACUUGACCCAGAUUUUUUUCUGAGAGCUAGCAUGUUGCGUGGAAUGCUAACCUAAAUGUUUUGUACAAGGGACAUACAUAAAUGUAUUUGCACUGUCAUGGAAGUUAUUUUGGCAUGCCUCUUUUUCAAAACACUUGUGUUGUCGAUAUGGAGCCAUAAUUCAUUGACUGUUUUUGUAUUUAGUAAUGUUUUUUUGGGGGGGAGGGGGAAUGUAAAGGCAUAAAAUCCAUUUAUUUUUUUCUACUCCACAUGCUAAGCAGCCAUAUUGUCAUGCUUUUCUUUUUGAAUAGUUACAGACAGUGCAUGCACAUUGAUGAAAGUUUGUUAAAUAUUUGUUAUUUUUGAGAAAAACUGCAAAAUAACCAAAAAAAAGUUUAAAAUUAAAAAUUAAAAAAAACAUUCUGACAAAGUAAUUUUCCAAAUGCAGAGGUGUAGACUCCCAUCGACAGCUUUAACACUACAAAAGCACCAGGUAACACAAAGUAUUAUUACAAAAAUAAACACACCAAAAGCAGCCAAAGACUGACACCAAGGACCAAAAUCCUGACAAUUUUUUCAACAGAGGUUUGUACACAUAUUAUUUGUUUUUUGAUUUGUAAUCUCACUUAAUUCAAGUUUUAAAUUAAAACAAAGGGUAAUUCAAACAUUUUUAGCAUUCAAGGCAGUGUCAGCUGGAGCAAUAAUAACUAAUAUGACAUGAUAACUCAACAAACCAUUUUUAUAAAUUCAUUUUUUACCAAUUUAACCUAAAAAUUGACUCAUUACUGGUUCAUUAGUUGCAUUUUUUGUUUGAACAUCCAAUCCAACAAACCUCUCGUUUGCAGAAAUGGAGCACUUACGUCACACACAGCAGCUCUUUACCCCUCACACACCUUGGUGCUACAAAGAAGCGCGUUACAAAUAAUUCUGACCUCAAAGAACAAGUGGUGGCCCGCACAUAUUUUGGGCUUUGCUUUUUUUCUUUUUAGUCUCCUUUUUUGUCAAAAACAAAACCCACGCAUUCCUAGAAAAAACAGUCCAAAAAAACACAAAAAAAAGGUGUCUGACACCUAAGAUGUGACUUCCCAGAAGUUGUGAAUACUAUCAUGUUUUCAAAAUGUACAAUAAAUAACAUUUGUUAUUUAUUAUCAGGGCAAAAUCUGAGUAAAAGAGAAAAAGGUUAUAUUUCAGCUAGUUUUAAGGAAGUUCUGUGUGUUUUUUCCCUCUUUUAUGUGUGUUUUGCCACAAACUCCUCUCACUCUACCUCUUACAGCACGAUAAGAGCAUCAGUCGCGGCGCUGAGACUGGUCUAGUCAAAACCAAAUGGGCACAAGAGAACAGGAAAACAAAAAAUAAAAAAUAAAAACCCAAAGUCAAAGCUCAUACAGCUGCAAAAACCAUAUCACUACUUGGUAACAAUGCAGACCUCAGAAGAAAAUGAAUAGAAAUGAGAAAAAAAGACAUUUGCUACGUUCCUUUAUGCCUGUGGCAUUUGAAAUGCAUUUGAAAAAGAAAGGUUCUAAUUUUAAAUGAAGUGUUCUCUACUCCUGUUUUGGGUAAAACAAGUUGCAUAUUAAAAAAAUCAUUUUCUCCUUUUAUCUUCCCUCUUUUUUCUUAUUUUCUUCUCUGAAGACUUGCUAAUCCGCUUGUCUGUCUGUCAACCAGAGGAUUUACAAAAUUAAAAGCCUGUAAAUUAAAAUGAAACUUCAAAAAAAAAAAAGAAAAAAAAAAAGAUUGAGGCAUGCCUGGUUUUCACAAUAGGAGGGGAAUACUCACAAAGUUUCCUGCUUACUUGGAAACACCGGGAAGGUGAAGGGGCUCAAGGCCCAACAGUGCAUAGCGUAGCAUAAAUAUGGAGAAAUGACCUAAAUUUUGAGGGUGGGAGGGGUUAUUUUUUUCCUCUUUUUUUGAGAAAAAUUUAUUGUGAAGAAAAAAAACUCAAAUAAUUUGAAGUUGUUGUGCAAUACUUAAUUGAAACAUGAAAACCACAGGUUAGUGGUAGGCUGACACUAAGUGGUCUUUACCAUCGCUUGGGGUCAGUGUCCUCUAGAGAGCUUUCCAGUCUACUAUGUCAGAACUGUGGUUUCUUGUUGACUUUUUUUGUUUGUUUUUGUUUAUUUUUAUUUCUUUUUGGGGGCUGUAAACUAUGGUCUGUCAGUCUGUGAAACUUUGCAGUAUAAUUCUGGUAUUGUUGUUCUCUUUACAGUGUAAUAAAUAUGUUAAUUGAA